AUGAACCAACCUACACGGAGUGAUUCGCCAGACAGUGCUCCUUCCUCCGGCGCCCAGACCCCAGCCUCCGACAGCCAAAGAGCCUCUAUUGCAAGCGUCAGCUCAUCCUACGGCGGCCUGGUGUCCAGCAUGUGGGGGAUAAUCCGACGCUUCUCGACCGAGGAGACCGUUCACUCGGAGCAGCUUGACCUAGGCGCUUCACAGAACCUCAAGGACGGCAUCAAUGGCGUCUUCAGCCCGACGAGGCGGACGGCGAGCCCCUUCCGUCCACCUCCGCUCGACCCUCUCAUCCUUCACGGCUACAAAGAAGGCACGCCCGAGGCUUCUAGGCUGUUGAACCAUGGGGUGGCAGAGGAGAUUCGCACCAUGGUCCCCGAGAGGCUACGUAUUAUCGACGACUGGCACCUGGCGUACAGUCUAGAGCAGGACGGCGCCAGCCUGGCGACUCUAUAUCAGAAGUGUCGGGAGUACCAAGGCGGCAGAGCCGGGUUUGUGCUCGUUGUCAAGGAUGAGGAAGGCUCGACUUUCGGUGCUUACCUUUCCGAAUACCCCCAUCCCGCACCCUCAUACUUUGGAAAUGGAGAGUGUUUCCUUUGGCGAGCGUCCAUGCUCGCUUCUCUACCGCCUCCGCCCUCAGCUGAUACUACCGACCUCGGCCGCAACACCACAUUGGCUCCGAUGAAGUCUCCCACCGGCGCCUCUUCCCCUACGCCAAGCGACGUGAUACGAUUUAAAGCCUUCCCGUAUAGCGGGCUGAACGAUUACUGCAUCAACUGCGAGCAGGGCUUCCUCAGUGUCGGGUCCGGUGGGGGUCACUAUGGCCUGUGGCUGGACAACUCACUGGAUAUGGGGCACAGCUCCAGGUGCGAGACCUUUGGGAACGAGCCGCUGAGCGACGAGGGGGACAAGUUUGGGAUUUUGGGCGUUGAGCUUUGGGUCAUGGGCGUAUGA